GUACCGCGAUGACGAGGGUUUUUGUGGGAAAUACAAACAGAGCAGCGCUUGUCCUCGUCAUACCAUCGUAAAAAAAAGACAAAGAAAAGGGAGAGAUCAAAAAUGCAGCGAGCUUCCCGUUUGAAGAGAGAACUUGACAUGUUGACCAAAGAGCCACCUCCCGGGAUCACAUGCUGGCAGACUGAAGAACGCAUUGACGACUUGCAAGCACAGAUAGUAGGUGGCUCCGGAACCCCGUAUGAAGGUGGAGUCUUUACCCUGGAAAUCAAAAUCCCAGAGAGAUACCCAUUUGAGCCCCCCAAAAUGCGAUUCUUGACUCCCAUCUACCACCCAAACAUUGACACUGCAGGACGGAUCUGUUAUGACGCUCUCAAACUCCCGCCAAAGGGAGCCUGGAGGCCUUCCUUAAAUCUCUCCACACUUCUCACCUCCAUCCAACUUCUGAUGUCUGAACCAAAUCCAGAUGACCCUCUUAUGGCUGACAUAGCAUCGGAGUUCCGACACAACAAGCAACUAUUUAUACAGAAGGCCAGGAAAUGGACAGAGGAACAUGCUAUUCAGAAGAUGGGAAUUUUGGAGCGCAGCCACAAAGACAACGUAGCAAAUCAGAAUGCACCAUCACGCAAAAGAGCGUCUUCGGGCGCGGAGCAGGACGAAAUGGCAAAGAGAACAGCCGUAUAGUUUCAACCACUUUUCUUUUGCACACCUUUCGGAAUAUUUGUAUGGAUUUAAUUGUUCCUUUUGUCAUUUGAGAUGUAUAUACAUAUUUAUAUGAUAUUUGUGUUUUAAUAAAGAUGACUAAUCGUUAA